AUGACCUCUCUACACCAAGAGCCAGGCACUUACUACGCUGAACAAAUGCCCCCAACUUACUAUAAUUCUCAUGUUCCUCAGCACACAAUAAUCAAUAAUCAAAUAGAUCAGCACGACAGGCCCCAGUUCUAUCUGGCCGAAAACGGAAACACUCACCCUCAUUACGAAGCAAACGACUCUCCUCACCAUGAAUACUACCAACAAGAUCACAUAAACACUGGGACCUCAGUGCUUCCUGAGGCCCCCCAGCGGCCUGUUCCACAUCAAAUUCCACCUCCACAGGUGCCUACGCAGCCCCAAAUGGAGCAGCCCGCGGAACAGCCCUUCUACGUGAACGCUAAGCAAUACCACAGAAUCUUGAAGAGACGUAUAGCGAGAGCCAAGUUGGAGGAGACUUUGAAAAUUGCAAGAACCAGAAAACCCUACUUGCACGAGUCUAGACAUAAACACGCAAUGAGACGUCCUCGUGGACAGGGCGGUCGUUUCUUGACUGCUGCUGAGAUCGCAGAGAAGGAGAGAUUGGAGAAGAUGAAAAGUCUUGAGAACCUGGAGGACUCCAAGGUUGAGAGCUCGGAAACCAAAAAAAGGAGACUCCUCUGA